AUGAAAGUUUCCGAUAGGCGUAAGUUUGAAAAAGCAAACUUUGACGAGUUUGAGUCGGCUCUAAAUAACAAAAACGACUUGGUACAUUGUCCCUCAAUAACUUUAUUUGAAUCGAUCCCCACGGAAGUGCGGUCAUUCUACGAAGACGAAAAGUCUGGCCUAAUCAAAGUGGUAAAAUUCAGAACUGGUGCAAUGGAUAGGAAAAGGUCUUUUGAAAAAAUUGUCGUUUCCGUCAUGGUCGGGAAAAAUGUACAAAAGUUCCUGACGUUUGUUGAAGACGAACCAGAUUUCCAGGGCGGACCAAUCCCUUCAAAGUAUCUUAUUCCCAAGAAAAUCAACUUGAUGGUCUACACGUUGUUUCAAGUGCAUACUUUGAAAUUCAAUAGAAAGGAUUACGAUACCCUUUCUCUUUUUUACCUCAACAGAGGAUACUAUAAUGAGUUGAGUUUCCGUGUCCUGGAACGUUGUCACGAAAUAGCGAGUGCCAGGCCGAACGACAGCUCUACGAUGCGUACUUUCACUGACUUUGUUUCUGGCGCACCUAUUGUAAGGAGUCUUCAGAAAAGCACCAUAAGGAAAUAUGGGUACAAUUUGGCACCCCACAUGUUUUUGUUACUACACGUAGAUGAGCUAUCGAUUUUUUCUGCAUACCAAGCAAGUUUACCUGGCGAAAAGAAAGUCGACACAGAGCGGCUGAAGCGUGAUCUAUGCCCACGUAAACCCACUGAGAUAAAGUACUUUUCACAGAUAUGUAACGAUAUGAUGAACAAAAAGGACCGAUUGGGUGAUGUUUUGCAUGUGUGCUGCCCAAGUUGA